CUUGUGCGUAACCCGGAUACACACCCACUCGUCCCCUUUCACCUCUCUCUGCUGUUGGCUAACGUGGAAGGGAAAGACCCUGCUGGGCGGUGGGAACGAGACCCAGCUGCACCCCUUCCUCCUCUCCCGGCGUGUUGCUGAGACCUGGGAUGGGAUCGGGAGGCCGGAGAGGCCGCAGUGGCUGCAGACGCGGUUAGCUAGCUGUUCAGCUUGGAGUUAGGGGAAGGAGGGAACUGCCUUUAUUGUGCCUGGGAGAACAGAUAGCUCGAGGUAGGGUCGGGGUAGGAGAGGAGAAAGGGGACCCCCUCUAGUUCCAUGUGGGCCCCUGCUCCUGGGGGCUGUAGCUGCUCUGGUCGGGGAGCUUUGCGGGGAGCGAUGGACCGUUGCUGAUUGUCUCCGCGUUCCAAGCCUCCCGGGCGGGAUUGUUUCCGCUCCGGCUGCGUGGGGACCGGCCGCCUUCCCCGGGUCCAGCCAUGGCCCCCAUGGGCAUUCGCCUUUCCCCGCUUGGCGUGGCCGUCUUCUGUCUGCUAGGGCUGGGCGUGCUCUACCAUCUCUACUCCGGUUUCUUGGCUGGCCGCUUCGCUCUCUUCGUCCUGGGGGGAGACCGAGGAGGCGGUCCCGACUCGCCGGGCUCUCAGGCCGAUGGGGGCACAGUGGACCUCCGUGAGUUACUGGCCGUGUCCGUUCUGGCCGCCGUUAGGGGAGGGGAGGAGGUGAAGAGGGUCCGCGAGAGCAAUGCUCUCAACGAGAAGGCCAAAGGGAAAACCCGGGAAGGAGCCGAGGAGAAGAUGACCAGCGGGGAUGUGUUGUCCAACCGCAAAAUGUUCUAUCUUCUGAAAACCGCUUUCCCCAAUGUGCAGAUUAAUACUGAAGAACAUGUGGAUGCAGCUGACCAGGAAGUUAUCUUGUGGGAUCACAAUAUCCCUGAAGAUAUCUUGAGGGAGAUAACCAAACCUAAAGAGGUCCCAGCAGAAAGCGUAACUGUCUGGAUUGAUCCACUUGAUGCUACGCAGGAAUAUACAGAGGAUCUUCGGAAAUACGUCACUACAAUGGUGUGUGUAGCUGUCAAUGGUAAACCAGUACUGGGAGUAAUACAUAAGCCAUUCUCUGCAUAUACAGCUUGGGCAAUGGUGGAUGGUGGAUCCAAUGUGAAAGCUCGUACUUCCUACAAUGAGAAGACACCAAGGAUCAUCGUGUCUCGCUCCCAUUCAGGAACAGUUAAACAAGUGGCUCUUCAGACGUUUGGGAAUCAGACUACAAUCAUACCUGCAGGUGGUGCAGGUUACAAAGUUUUAUCCCUCUUGGAUGUGCCUGAUGAGAACCAAGAAAAAGCUGAUAUCUAUAUCCACGUGACAUAUAUUAAAAAAUGGGAUAUUUGUGCUGGCAAUGCCCUCCUCAAAGCUCUUGGGGGUCAUAUGACCACCUUGAGCGGUGAAGAGAUAAGUUACACUGGCUCCGAUGGCAAUGAAGGGGGACUCCUAGCUAGCAUCAACAUGAACCAUCAGGCCCUGGUCAAAAAACUCCCAGAACUUGAGAAGACAUCCCACAAAUGAGCAGAAGGUCUACAAGGAUAUGCUUCUUCUUCCCAGAGCUGAGAAGGGUCGGUCUGAAGGGCCCUGGGCUGCAGGCAGUCUGUGGAAGACUAUGCAUGAGGCCAUCCAGUCUUCUUGAGAUGAUGGAAAAGCAACAGGGACUCCUCCCACUCCCUACUCCCUUCCCUUUAAGAUGCAAGAUUGAGGAAGAUGGGUCGCUUUUUAUCUCACUCGCCAUCUUUAUUUUGGAGACUGUUUUCAUACAGUUGUCAUACUUAAGGUGCAUAUAUGUAGAUAGAUUGUGGGUUGAAAUCUAGAUCUUAACAGACCAUAUUUGAGUGACUUCACAACAGCAUCGUUAAACUUAUAGUACUUUUCAUAAAGAGUCAAGCAGAACCAAGGAUUAAUUUUGAAAGCUCACUUGGCAUUACUUUAUAAUAUACCUUGCUGAAAAUGAGGUCCCAUCAAGGAUUUCUCCCCAGUUCCUUUUGGAUGGAAAGCACAAGGAGCCAAAACACCCAUCUAUAUGCAAGAAAUAAAUAACUGUAUUUGUCUGUGAUAGAAGAACAUUUCUGACUGAUUAAAAAUAACAGAACAGUUUGAUUUUGUUUUUUCCAGAACUUUUAAAAGUUAGUCAUCCAGCUCGUAGAAAAUAUUGAAUUUUUGAUGAUUUGUAAAUCAUGGUAACUAUUAUUUCUGUGUGUUUUAAAAGAAAAUUGUGUUUCUUGACAUAGCUUUAACGUCUUGCCGUUGAUUUUCACUUUCCCUGUGAAAGAUGCAUGACUCACUGGGUGCUCCCCCAACCCCCUUCCCCGUCCUAAUUAUUGAUUCUUCUACUUGUAAGUUUUAUUCUGGAGUUUCAAAAUUGGCCUUAGGGAUUUCACUAUACAUUUUCAUGAUCUAUUUUUAAUGAAAAGAUGGUUGGGGGAAUUAGGGACAGAAAGAUGGAUCACAAAAAUAAAAAGGAAUUGUUAGUAAUUGAAAAUUGACGUUUGGUAGUACCAGAAUUGAGCUAGUCUUUACUCCCCCUCCCAAAAAAAUAUUCAAAUUAACUGUGAUUUAAAAAAGGAGUUUUAUCGAGUUUUCAUUUAAGAGAUCUGAUCUUUAUAGUAAGUUCGUCCAGAAGGAGUUAUUGCUGCUCUCACUGUCUGUUCAAGAACUUUUCCCCACACCACAAGUGGCUUUGGGGGCAUCGCAUAAAUCCACUGCAGGGUAAAACACUGAGGCUUAGAGUUCAUUCUGAUGAGAGUUUUCUUCUGAUUACACUUCAGAAUCUAGUUCAAACAGGAAGAAUGAAACAUUUGCCUUGUGUCCUGUUUUGUUUUGGCUCUAACUAAGGCUUGUCUCUGAGCUUUCAUCCAGAGGUCUGAUUUCUCUCUGGGUGAUGCUUUUGAUUACAUACCUGGACACUUCAAGGACACCGACCAAUACCAUUCUUUUUUAUCCCUUUUGUGUUCCAUUGUCCUAUGGAACAAUGACAAAGAAGAAUGGAUUCUAUUGACAGAGAGAGGUAGGACUAAAUUUAAACCCUUUAACCUUAAUUUUUUAUGGUUUUCUUUUAGUAACAUGACUUAAUAUUUCUGUACCGUAGGUAAUAACAUUUAACUUUACUGUGGAGGUCCAGCCUUCUAGACUUCAUAAUCUGGUAAAGGAGGCUUAUUUAAUGUGAUUCAGAUCAUGUUGAGGUCACCAUUUCUAGACCCUUCCUCAAGGAAGAUGAAACAUGGCUACACAAACACCUCGGGUGUGGCUAAAGGCUGCUGAUACUACUUCAGCAACCAGAGGACUAACAUUAUGUCUUAGCUUGCUUAAAAAUGGCAUGCACAUGAUGUGAAGAUCUAUGAGAAUUCUAUGGUCAAGAGAAAACUGGACUCACCAUAGUAAUGAAAGAUCACGCUUGUCAUCCAUCCACUUACUUUUACCUAGUUCUCAGUGCUGACAGUGAAGCUGGCAAGAUGGUAGGCCUAGACUGAGUGGAAGUAUGUGGUUAUGAACAAAGAUUCCCUUUGGUUUAUCCUUAUGAAAUAGGUUGUUUCUGUACCCAUGGCCUUUGUUGAGUGAUGCAUAUUUUUUUUUGGCCAUUCUAAUGGUUAGGAUAUUUGUUAUUUAUACAGUUAGCUAGGAAUUCUGUGUACAGUGUUGAAAGUUUCAAAAUUCUUAGCUAUUUGGUUAACAUUGUGGUUAAAAAGGACCUCUUAUUGGCAUUGUAAAAAGGGCAAGGGAGGUAGAUCAUUGCUAACUCAACUUGAAUCCUCUAGCAGUGUAUAUGUAAGUAGCAUUUAUUUUAAUUCAGCCACUUUUUAUUAAGGGUCUACUUUGUGCAAACCACUGUUGAGUGUUGAGAGGGACACAAAGAUAUGUGAGGCAUAGUCUUAACCAGCACAUUUUUUAGCUGGUAUUCACCAGUAAGUAUAUACCAGCAAACAUUUGAUUUGUACCAGCAGAGUUGGUGAGUCACAUAUUUGCUAGUGUGGUCCUCUGUACUAAGAAAUGUGUUAGGAGGACAAAUGUCACUGUCAGCCUAUCCUGACCACAUGUGGCAUAUGACUUUAGGUUUGAAAAUCCAAUUCAGCAAGGACAAGGUCCCUCCCUUGACCUUGGUAAAAAAUUUCUCUUUUGCACUUCUCCAUGACCACCAAGCGCAUUGAGCAGUAAACAGGCAUUAAUUGGUAGUCACAUAUACCUUCAUUGAUAUGACAGUGAAUUGUGUAUUUGCUAUUUGUGUUUCAGGUUGGAAUUGUGCUUUUCUCCCAGUAUUGCAUACUUAAUUAUGAGCCUUAAAAUAAUGUUUUUCUCAUCUUCUCCUAAGAUAAUUUAAAAUAAAUUAUUUUGAAAUGGUCAAA